UGGGGCGUGGUCGCGUUUAGCCACGCCCGCGGCGCGGUGGGGGCACGGCUGGGCCGCGAUGGAACUGGCGGAGCUGCGGAAGAGCUACCGGGAGGACACGGAGGCCUUCGAGGAAUGUCACCUGGUGUCCCUUGACCCCCUGGAGCAGUUCCGGGCCUGGUUCCAGGAGGCACUGGAGUGUCCGGACGUCGGGGAGGUCAACGCCAUGUGCCUGGCCACCUGCACCAGGGACGGGAAGCCCUCGGCGCGGAUGGUGCUGCUCAAGGGCUUCGGGCAGGACGGGUUCCGCUUCUUCACCAACUACGAGAGCAGGAAGGGCCGGGAGCUGGAUUCCAAUCCAUUCGCUUCCCUGGUUUUCUACUGGGAGCCGCUCUGCCGGCAGGUGCGGAUCGAGGGCUCGGUGAAGCGGCUGCCGGAGGAGGAGUCCGAGCGCUACUUCCAGUCCCGCCCCAAGGGUAGCCAGAUCGGGGCCCUGGUCAGCCGGCAGAGCUCCGUCAUCCCCGACAGGGAGUUCCUGAGGAAGAAGAGCGCGGAGCUGGAGGAGCGGUACCGGGACACGACAGUGCCCAGGCCGGACUAUUGGGGCGCGUACACGGUGGAGCCAGAGGUGGUGGAGUUCUGGCAGGGCCAAACCAACCGGCUGCACGACCGGAUCGUGUUCCGGCGGCUGCGGGACCGCGCGGCGCCGCUGGGGGCCAUGACCCACCGGGGACACGGGGACUGGGUCUACGAGCGCUUCUCCCCCUGAGCCCGGCGCUGCUCCCGUCGCGGGGGGUCCCCAUUGUCCCUCGGUGUCGCGGCCGCCCCACCCUGUCCUUUGUGGUGUGCUGGGAAUGGAUUGGGAGCUGCCCUCAGCCCGGUGGGUCCCUAAAUCCAUCUGCAACCACUCUUGGUGGUUAAUGAAUUGUGUUAAUGAUCGUGUAGGGUCUGGCUGUGACCUUAGUGACGUCCCUGUUCAUGUCCCUGUCCCAGCCCUGUCCCUAUCCCUGUAAUUAAUCGUGUUAAUGAUGUGCAGGGUCCAGCUGUGACCCCAGUGACCCCCCUGUCCCUUUUACCUGUCCCUGUCCCUUGUCAUGUGCUGGGAAUGGGUUCAGAGCUGCCCUCAUCCCUGUCCCCAAAUCCAUCUCCAAGUGCUCCUGGUGGUUAAUUAAUCAUGUUAAUGAUUGUGCAGGGUCCAGCUGUGACCACAGACCCCUGUCCGGUCCCUGUCUCCAAUGCCAUUCCUGUCCCAUCCCCCUCCCUGUCCCGUCCCAUCCCCAUCCCUGUCCCAAUGCUGCCACCUCUCUCCCUCUCCUCCUCUGUUUUACCUGGAAUUGUGGAAUGUGCUCAGUUCCCAAUCCGUUCUCGCUGUUCUUUACCUUCAGUCGUGUUGCCCCUGUCGUGGCCUGUCCCAAGGCCGUGAGACCCCAAGCCCUCACCCCAUCCCCUCCUCCAGCUGCUCGGAAAAAAUAAAAUGCGAUUUCUGAAUUAA